CGUUCAGUCUCAUUUCUAACGGCGUGCGGUGUCGAGCUGCUCCUGUCAAAUUCUCACUGUAAUUGGCGUCAGCAAUAUUAGCGGUACGCGAGAUACGUGUUAAUAAAUCAAUCUCGCGGCGGAUCUAUCGGGCGUCUUUUGCGCGGAUGUGAGAGAGAAUACAAUAUACUCGUUCGUCCGCUCGUACGUACGUCGUCGUCGUCGUCGUCGUGUCGCUAAUCGAUGAGGCGCAUUUGUAUUGCGUCAAGCUUGGAGGUCUUCCAUCGGGAUUUCGUGAUAUGUUUACGAUGUAGACGUCCGCCGUGUCAGCGCUAACCGCGACGCAAUAAAGCGAGCCUCGGACACUUUUGACAGAAAAGUGUUACUUCGAUAAUUAUAUAGACGACAAAACGACCAUCGCGACGGCAUUGAUGAGGUUGGUUAUGCGACAUGCUUGAGAAAAUGUGUCUUGGCGCCAGCUAAGGGUGAUUUUUCCUCGUAUUUAUGUGAUCUAGAAAGUGCUUCGACGAUUAAAAAUAUUUCAAAAUUCCUCCAAUCAUGCCGAUGGAAUUUUUGGACCGAUUACCGGUUCCAAAUCUCCGGUUAUACACUACCAUCAGUUUCGCCAUAUUAUCCUGCUCUAUAUACUAUGCCUCUCAAAUAAUCAAGGAUCCUGCUUGGAGAACGAAUCACACGCACAUCGAUGCUCACAUAACCGGAGAUGACACUAAUCCGACGGAUCCAAGAAGUCUUGGCAUGCAUUUCAAAGAACUUCUAGAAUGCAUGGUGGAUGAACCUGUCUGUAUCUGGACUUUGAUCAACAUGGCUUACUGUGUGUUGAUUCUUCUUGGCAAAUCUAUUCAGAAGCUUGUGUUUGGUGAACUACGUGUUUCGGAAAGACAACAUUUGAAGGACAAAUUUUGGAAUUUUGUUUUUUAUAAAUUUAUUUUUGUUUUUGGCGUUUUGAACGUACAAUACAUGGACGAGGUCGUACUGUGGUGGGCAUGGUUUACAGCUCUUGGCUUCCUUAGUCUUCUUAGUCAACUCUGCAAGGAUCGAUUUGAAUAUCUGUCCUUUUCACCUACCACGCCAGGAUGGAGUCACGCACGACUUCUUGGAUUAUUGGCGGCAAUUUUUGCACUAUCUUCCUUCAUGCUUUUACUGUGCACUGCUGCAGUUUUCUUCUUCAUAUCUUUCAACACUUUUGCUUUUAUGGCAGCUGAGUGCAUCCUGCUUGGAGUACGUACUAUUCAUGUGAUGCUACGUUAUGUGAUUCAUUUGUAUGAUACACGUGGCGCUGGUACUUCGGCGCAACGAUCUUGGGACAAACGUGGCCCUUUAACAUACUACACGGAUUUGACAUCAGAAUUGAUUGUAUUGGCAGUUGACUUCUUUCAUCACAGUCACAUGCUUUUGUGGAGUAACAUUUUCUUAAGCAUGGCAUCGCUAGUGAUUUGCAUGCAACUUAGAUACCUAUUUUACGAGAUACAACGGAGAAUCACGAAGCACAGAAACUAUUUAGCUGUACUGAAUCACAUGGAACAAAAUUAUCCAAUGGCUUCACAAGAAGAAUUAGCCGAGAAUUCUGAUAAUUGUGCAAUAUGCUGGGAAAGGAUGGAAAGCGCUCGUAAAUUGCCCUGUGCACACUUGUUUCAUAAUUCGUGCUUGCAAUCCUGGUUAGAACAGGACACUUCGUGUCCCACUUGUCGAUUGGCCUUGAGUAUGCAAGCAAAUCAUAGAGAGAAUACACCAGAAAUACCGCCUGAGCCACAGACUCCUACGAGAAGAAAUGGCAAUCAUUUCUUUCUUUUCCUCGAUGGCUCAAGAUAUGUAUCUUGGUUGCCCAGUUUUUCUGUCGAGGUCUCGCAUAAUAGAGUACGUGGUAACAUCUCUACAUUGGCACAUACUAAUUCCCAAAUGGAUACUAUGGCAAGACAGGUUCAGCAACUUUUCCCUCAUUAUCCUCGCAAUAUCAUCUUGGAAGAUCUUAGAAUGACUCGAUCAAUCGAAUGGACAGUAGAAAAUAUACUUGAUGGAGUAUUAACUAUACCGCAUCAUUUGAUCGAAGAACCGCAAGCAGAAUCCGUCCCACAGAUGCAAACAAGCAUGACAAAUAUUAUGCCCAGUUCUUCGGUUCAAAAUUCAUUGGAUCCUAGAUUCGAUAUUCCAUUUGCUGAUAGUGGAGAAGAACCUUCGAAUCUUGGUGGACGUUUUUCGAAAUCAUCUACUGAGAGAGAACUUAUACUUCAACGACGCAAAGAGCAUAUGCGAUUAACAGCACGCAGAAGAUAUAUAGAGAAACAUCAGAAAUCUGAAAUUGAGUCGACAAAUUCAUAGAUAAUAAAUACUAUAAUCCUAGAUAAUAAGCGGCCGUAAGACCUGUUAUAUUAUUUUGAAUUUAGGUCACAGAGCUUCAUAGCUGAUGUAAAAUUGGCAGGCUGCAUAUUUUUUCUUUUUGAGUAUAAGACAAGAUUGUAGACAACAUAUGUACUCUUUGCUGAUGACUGAUCAUUAAAUACAGCAAGAGUGUAUCAAAAGAUUUUUGGUGUGUUUAACAGUUAACGUUCUUAAUGUUCCGAAAACAGUAAAUUAAGUCACAGUUAAGAGAUUAGGCACGACAAUUUUGCUAAGAAUAUCGAGAGGUUGUGAAUGAUAUACUCAUGAACGAUUAUUAACAUUGCGCUAAUGCCAUUGAGUAGUGAUGAAAUCUACAAUGAGUCGAAUAAAUUAUACUAGAAGACGAAAUUAAGAUUUUUAUGUAAUCUCUUACUUAAACACCAGACCAUUGGUGAAACUUACUAAUGCCUACACAGUAAUGUAAUAUAAUACAUAUUAUUACAUACAUUUUAGGAAAUAAAUUGUAUAGGUGAUACAGUUUAUCUUUUUAGGCUCUUUGAUAAAGCUUAUAAGUUUGCAUUGUCGUCCACUUUCGAGCAAAUUAAAAUAUUUGUCUAGAUUUUA